CCCAAAAUGUAAUCGGGCUUAAAAAUUUGAAGCCCGCCUUUGACCGGGGUUCUUAACUGACCUUCUCCUUCAACGCCAGUAUUCCCGAAUACUCGACGCACGGCGGCUGAUAAGUGUAGGUUUUCGCCAUUUCUACCAGGUGGUAAGAGGCAAGAGCUUGUUCUUUCUUACGAUCAUGAGCAUGAGCAUGUACGGAGGGAUGCGGACCUGCGCAAAGUUGUUGAGGGCUUCUGAAGCUUCUCUAUUGAAAUCAGGAACUAGAGGGUUCCACUCAAGUGGAGUGAAAAGAAUGAGUGAUCACGGCCACGAUGAACCAGCCUACAUGCAUGCCAAACACAUGUAUAACUUGGACCAGAUGAAAAACCAGAAGUUGCAGGUGAGCCUUGGAGUGCUUGCUGCCUUCAGCAUUGGCGUGGGUGUUCCGAUUUGGGCUGUCAAUUUCCAACAGAAGAAGACAUCCUCUGGUUGAGAUGGACAAAUGCGGGAAUAAGAGACGCAAAACAGUGCAGUCCGGACAUUCUCUUGGAUCCAUUUGUCAUUUACUUCUCUUGUUAAAAGUAAGUGGUGCAUUUGUUUGAUAAAUUUUAUGUUAACCUAUCAUCGUGGCACAUAAGAAUCAGAUUUGAGCGUUAAAGUUUCCGUUUUCCCUUUCGGUUCAGUUCUUUCACAGCUUUAUGCAAUGGCAGUUAAGCAGACAAUAAAAGGAAAUCUUGAAUUUUGGAUGCCAAA